AUGGGGGAAAUAUCCCGCGAAUCAGAGAAUUUGCCUCUCGAUGAGGAAUCAGGUCCCGAGCCAACGACAGACCAGUCGACGCUGUUUCCAAACGGCUCAGAUAUUAUCUACGAUAUGGUCUGUGUCGGGUUUGGCCCAGCCUCACUUGCCAUUGGCAUUGCAUUGAACGAUGCUAUAGACCCCGCAAUCAAUGGUGGACAUACAGACUUUGCGCCAAAGGUGCGUUUCGUGGAGAAACAAAAGCAGUUUGCCUGGCAUUCGGGAAUGCUUGUACCUGGAUCCCGCAUGCAAAUCUCAUUCAUCAAAGACCUGGCAACUCUUCGCGAUCCUAGAAGCAGCUUCACUUUUCUCAGCUAUCUGAAUCAUAAAAAUCGCCUCAUUCAUUUUACCAACAUUGGGACUUUCCUCCCCGCCCGCGUGGAAUUUGAAGACUAUAUGCGCUGGUGCGCUAGCCGCUUUGAACAUGUCACGCAUUAUGGUCAAGACGUUGAAGAGAUCCUGCCAGGUCCUCGAAACACAGAUGGCGUUGUGGAUUAUUUCACGGUUGUCUCUCGCGAUACCGACACUAAAGAAAUCACGUCUAUGAAUGCCCGUAAAAUUGUUAUUGCUGUUGGUGGCAAGGCCAAAAUGCCACCUAGCGCCCCAAUGGACCCUCUCAUCAUGCAUUCCUCUAAAUACUGCACACAUCUGCCAAGCCUGUUGAAUGACACCAUGAAACCAUACAAGAUAGCUGUCAUAGGAGGUGGCCAAAGUGCUGCUGAGAUUUUCCAUGACCUCUAUCGGCGUUAUCCGAACUCUCAAACCGCCUUGAUCUUCCGCGACUCUGCCUUACGUCCUAGUGAUGACUCUCCAUUUGUCAACGAGAUCUUCAACCCGGGCGGUGUUAGCAAGUUCUAUAACAUGACUUCCGAUGAGCGAAAAAAGCACAUCGCCACCGAAAAAGCCACAAACUAUGGAGUUGUUCGGCUGGAGUUGAUCGAGGCUAUAUAUCAUGACAUAUACCUGCAGCGUGUCGAGAACCCUGAUGAAGCCCAGUGGCAACAUCGCAUUCUCCCAGAGACCGAAAUUGUCCAGAUGGAGCGACAGCAAGAAACGAGUCGGAUACGCAUUCACGUGAAGUCUCAGAGUGAAAAAGAAAACAAGGAUUCACUUGAUUUCGAUGCAGUAGUAGUUGCAACUGGCUAUCAACGUGACUCACAUGAGGUUUUACUAGAAAAAGUGUGCGAUCUGCAACCCGAGGGUCUAUCAGGCUGGGUUUCCGACCGUUCCUAUCGAGUUGCUUUGGACGAGGCAAAGGUUAGUACUGAGGCAGGGAUCUGGCUUCAGGGCUGUAAUGAGCAAACUCAUGGGUUGAGUGACUCUCUGUUGUCAGUUCUUGCUGUUCGGGGAGGUGAAAUUGUUCAAUCGGCGUUCCCAAAUCGGUCUGCCAAUGCUGAUUCUGAUGGUUCCUGGGUACACGCCUCACCAUGA